UGAGCCAGCCAGGUGCCCCGAUGAUUUAAUAGGUUGUAAGGAGAAUGUUUUCAUGUGUAACUUGUCGUUAUAAUUUACCAUUUAAAAAUAUGGUCUGAAAACAGACUUUUAGCUAAAGUUUACUGUUUUAUGCUGUGAACACUUUUGGAAUUUUGAAAUGUGUGGGUCAAGAUUAGUCAUAGCACAUGGACUGGGUUCUUUCGCAAGUUGGUGCUUUUUGGAGCAUGCUCUAAACAGGUUUGCUAGUAAUACCUGCAAGCCCUCCUUAGACAUUUAGUCCAGGUCCCCCACAUCUCAGGAGGCUCAGGGAGGUUAAGUGGUUUUCCCAAGGGUGCAGGGUUAGGCGUGUUAGCCAGGUUCAGCGUGGAGAAGUGGUUCUGGAAUGGUGGGCUGGAGGAGAAGACUUCUUUCUGAAGCGUUUAUUGACUGGAAAUCAAGCUUAGGAGGAAGGUGGGUGCUGUUUCCUGCAGGUGAGGUAGGUAGGGAGGAAACAUUCUUAAGAACAGUAAGUUUCACUAACUUCCUUAUAUAAACACUUAACCGAAUGAAGGUAUUAGUUUUCUCUGUUUACUGAGCACAAGGUAUUAAGAUAAUCUUUGCCUUAUAAGUCCCUUCUCUCUGUAAAAUGAAGGUGUGUGGUCUUUCAGGCCGUGAGCUUCCUUCUUUUCACCUCUUCUGAAGUGAGAGCAGCAAAGGUUCUGGAUGACUGAAGAGGCAGUGGAGCUACCGCUGUGGUCCAGGCUGCCCUUUGCAAGCCCAGGCAAGAACGUGUAGCCAUAAAGCGGAUCAACUUGGAAAAAUGCCAGACCAGUAUGGAUGAACUAUUAAAAGAAAUUCAAGCCAUGAGUCAGUGCAGCCAUCCCAACGUAGUGACCUAUUACACCUCUUUUGUGGUAAAAGAUGAACUUUGGCUGGUCAUGAAAUUACUAAGUGGAGGUUCCAUGUUGGAUAUCAUAAAGUACAUUGUUAACCGAGGGGAACACAAGAAUGGAGUUCUGGAAGAGGCAAUAAUAGCAACAAUUCUUAAAGAGGUUUUGGAAGGCUUAGACUAUCUACACAGAAAUGGUCAGAUUCACAGGGAUUUGAAAGCUGGUAAUAUUCUUCUGGGUGAGGAUGGUUCCGUACAAAUAGCAGAUUUUGGGGUAAGUGCAUUCUUAGCAACAGGGGGUGAUGUUACCCGGAAUAAAGUAAGAAAAACAUUUGUUGGCACUCCGUGUUGGAUGGCCCCUGAAGUCAUGGAACAGGUGAGAGGCUAUGACUUCAAGGCUGACAUGUGGAGUUUUGGAAUAACUGCCAUUGAAUUGGCUACAGGAGCAGCGCCUUAUCACAAGUACCCUCCUAUGAAAGUGUUAAUGUUGACUUUGCAGAAUGAUCCACCCACUUUAGAAACAGGAGUAGAGGAUAAGGAAAUGAUGAAAAAGUACGGCAAGUCCUUUAGGAAAUUACUUUCCCUGUGUCUUCAGAAAGAUCCUUCUAAAAGGCCCACAGCAGCAGAACUUUUAAAAUGCAAAUUCUUCCAGAAAGCCAAGAACAGAGAGUACCUGAUUGAAAAGCUGCUUACAAGAACACCAGACAUAGCCCAAAGAGCCAAAAAGGUGAGAAGAGUUCCUGGGUCAAGCGGUCACCUUCAUAAAACCGAGGACGGUGACUGGGAGUGGAGUGACGAUGAGAUGGACGAGAAAAGUGAAGAAGGGAAGGCCGCUUUUUCUCAAGAAAAGUCCCGAAGAGUAAAAGAAGAAAAUCCAGAGAUGGCGGUGAAUGCCAGCAGUAUACCCGAGCAAAUACGGUCCCUUUCUGUGCAGGAUCCUCAGGGGCUACCCAAUGCUAGCGAAGACUAUAGAGAAGCUUCUUGUGCUGUGAACCUCGUUUUAAGAUUAAGAAACUCCAGAAAGGAACUUAAUGACAUACGAUUUGAGUUUACUCCAGGAAGAGAUACAGCAGAUGGCGUAUCUCAGGAGCUCUUCUCUGCUGGCUUGGUUGAUGGUCAUGAUGUAGUUAUAGUGGCUGCUAAUUUACAGAAGAUUGUAGAUGAUCCCAAAGCUUUAAAAACACUGACAUUUAAGUUGGCUUCAGGCUGUGAUGGGUCGGAGAUUCCGGACGAAGUGAAGCUGAUCGGGUUUGCCCAGAUUUGUUAUUCCAAAGGUGAUAAACUUGAAGAUACCAGAAUCUGAGUUUUACUUGAAAUUCUGCAGAAUACCCAGAUGGAGUGAGAAAUAGAAAGGGUUUUUGUGCAAUGACUAAAAAAAGGUAAAAUGCUGUUAAGUUUCGAGAAUAAAUACUUUCACCCAAGUAGCCCUCUGCUUGACUAUAUAUUAAGGAAUAGUAAACCUUAGGAUUUUCAAAAUUGGAGUCUAAACUUUCAGGGAGGUGGGCUCCCAGGAUGGUACCAUUGCUCUUUCCUAGCUAACCCUAGAUAUGGCAGCUCUUUAAUGUACUUUAAAAAGCAAAUAUAUAUUACUAAGGAAAGAAAAGUUAUUUAUAAUUGCCUUGUCAUAAUUGUUAAGGUGUUCUAGAGCCAUUUGCAUACAACUUAAUGUAAUUUCAUUCCAUUCUAUUGUUUACACAACAAUUACUCAAAGAUGACUGCAAAGGUAAAAGGAAAAUAAAAGUGUAUUGCACAAAGAGAUGGUGUCACAUGGUUUCCUUCCUCCUUCAGGUAGCACCUGCAUGGCAGCAGUGAGAUUUAGCACUCCCAUGCCUCCCAAGAACUAAGGAGGGAAAAGUGCCCUAAAGGGAACAAGGCAUCCAUUCAGUCUGAGAAUCAGGUUUGACGAUUAUUCACACUCCAUGUAGUAGGGCCACAGGGAACGAGAGCAAAAAAAUUCCUUACAGCCAAUUCAUUUUAGCCCUGAGGCUUGGAGUGGUUAAGUGACUUUUCCAGGGCCCUUCACAAAGCUACUUACAGAGCUGGUCUCCCAAGGCCCUGGUUCUGAUAUUCAGAGCAUGUUCUUAACACUGUAUACAACUUGUAGACGAAAAUAGUGUAAGACCCUCAUCUUCUGAGAGAGUCAAACAUACCUGAAUAACUGGAGGACCUUGUUUUGCAACAAUAGUGAUAAGUAUCAUAUAAUAUCUGUUUAAUGUAUGUCCAUAGUCCCACAUCUUUACUGCUAGCAUUUGAGAGAGUUUAUAUACAUCCAUACGAUAGGACAAAGAUUUUUUUAAUGAGAAAAUUAGGAUGAAGGGUCCAUAAGAACUGGUUAACAGUAUGAAUGCAAGGGUCAAGUUCAUGCAAAGAGGUGUCUGCGUACAGCCCACUCGUUUUUUGUUUUUUGUUUUUUUUCCUUUCUAAAGUUAGGAGAAAUACAGUUUUUCCUAGUACUAAAGCCUGCAAUGACUGACUUUUUCUCUAGGCAGUUACAUUUAGGUAUUCAGAAACUUCAAAACUCUCCGAACAGCCCUACAAAUACAUACAUAGUUAAGUUUUGAACACUUACCUUUUCUAGUGCUUUCAGCACAUGCUCAGAGUCAUGUGAUAGGAAGUGCCAGUACCAGUCAGCAAGGAGCUGAGAGUGUAGUCCAAGCAGUUACUGUCACUUGUGCUCUUGAAAGACACAGUAAUCAAACAGUUUAAAAGGAACGAAUGCACUGUAUGACCAUGACUGUUUCUCUUAGCCAAGCUUUUGAGGAAAAAGGACAUACAGCAAUGAAGCAAUCAAGGACCCAAGCUCCACUGAACACGUAUGUCGUAUUAUUUGGAUAGAUUCAUAUGCCUUGACAAACAGGUGGGUUCACAGCCUCUUAGGAGAAUCAAGGCACCCACGUCUCAUACCUAAAUACACACAAAAACUUUUUAACAUCAGUGUGCCUCUAUUAUGGUCAACUUGUAAAGCUGUAGUAAUAGAAGCAAGUUCCCUUUUAUCUCAUUUGAACUCCCAAUGUAUUGUCCUUGUGCGAAAACAAUGGUUUUCUGCAUUUAAAACAACUUUUAGAGAUCCUUAUAAGUCAUGUGUGAUAAAAAUGUCUUAUUUUUCCAGGAAAAAAAAGUAGCCUUUAGUUCCCCAUGUGUUCCGUAUCUUAUGUGCUGGUAAACAUGGUGGAUGGCCCGCACGUCUGAGUAGGGUCAGGUAGUAGUCUUUAGACGAAGACCCAAGAAUUCCCUCAAAAAAAUAUUCCUACAUACAAUGAUGUUGGCAUGUAAAAUUUUCCUAUUAGGAAUUUUCAUUCACUCAUUUCAGUAAUGCACCUACAGUCUAUUUAGUUUUAAGCAAUAUACCUCCCGGGUGAACCCUCCAAGUUAAAUUACAGAGAUGGUGAACAUAAGCCCAAUUCACGUUGGAGGGCUUCUGCCAAAACUUGGGAUUUGCAUUUGACAGUAAACGAUCUUUUUGUUUUUUCUUGGAAGUACAUUUGAUAACAGAAGCUGUUGCUUAGUGAGGCCCACUGAGGUUGUGACAGUAAAAUCAUAUGAUCAACUUAAAAUAAAAUGUUAUCAAUUUCUUAUAACUGAAAACAUGAUUCUAAUUCACCCCAAAGUGGCCUUUAUACAAUAUGAUUCCACUUAAAGGGAACCCAGAUAUACCUGUUUUUCUGCUGUACAUAUUUAUAUUGCCAGAUCCUAGCUAAGAACGCUGACUCUCACCAGGAUAUUUAGGGGUAGUUUGAAUAUAAGUAGGGUGCCAUGGUGGGUGGUACUAGAACAUUCCCCCUCAGGACUGGAAUGUCCCAGCCUGGAAGUACACGCUGCUUUCCAGGGUUCUAAGUUUCAAGAGGUCUGUUACAAGCCCUAACAGCCAUAAACAAAUGGCUUUCAAGUGAUAAUUUCCAUUGUGUAUCUUCAUGAACUAAAAAUUCAAGUAUAAUGAGUUUGAUUAUAAGUGAGUGUUACCUUUAGGCUAAUGCAACACUGCCUGGAGUUUGGUGCUUGGGAUGUGCACUCUCAGGAAUAAUAGAAAUAUUUAAGGCAUGUAACUGAUGCAGACAGUAAGAAAAUAUGUUUAAAAGGAUAAAGUGACUCACUCCCUCAGUAUAUCGAUUAACACCCAAACCACCACCAAAAAUGAGGGAGCUGGCACUCCACUGGAAAAGACAAGGCAUCAAAAAAUGGUCAAAAGUACCUGUUUCCAGGGGCAUCCGGAUGGCUCAGUCGGUUGAGCAUCUGACUCGAUUUCAGCUCAAGUCAUGCGUGAUCUCCUAGUUCGUGGGUUCAAGCCCCACAACCAGCUGUGUGGUGAUGGCACAGAGCCUGCUUGGGAUUCUUUCUCCCCCUCUCUCUGCCACGUUCCAGCUCUUGCUUGCUCGCACACAUGCUCUCUGUCUCUCUGAAUAAAUAAACAAACAUUAAAAAAAAAUACCUGUUUGCAAAAUGUCCCAGUGGUUGCCCAGCUGAUAUUAUGCCACGGAGAAAAAUGCAUGGUCAAAUAACAGUGAUGUCCUUUUAUCUGCCUUCUUUUGCCUUGCUCACCAAACCUAGCUGGGUAGUUUGGGUAUCUAAGAACAGUGAAGAAAAUCAACAUGAUUAGAUUAUAAGCCACUGUGCAUCCUGUGCCAAACCAACGGAUACUGUUUUCUAAUCGAGCAUCCCCAGGUGGAAACACUGAAACACAUAAAACUUCCCCCUACGUGAGUUAUAGCAUACAGAAUAUCAUUAGCUGAAGUUUGUUGAGCCCUUAUAAUUUAGCUCAUAACUCAUCAAAGGGCAAGAAAUGUUAUUAAAAGUUACAAUCUUACUCUAUUGUUAUUUGAAUUUGCUACAGAAUGAUGAAAGGGCAGUAAUAGAAUAAUCAUUCCUAGAGUGUACUUAUCCCUCAUGUAGAAAACCAUCUUAAGAAACCAAGACUUGUAAUUUAUCACAGAGGAAACUGGCUUACUUUCUAAAUAGAAUAUUCAGUAAAAUAGCAGGCCCGUAAUCUGGGAGGAGGGAGGAUAGUGUGCUUCUUUACAAAAUGGUGUAGACGAUACUCUGGUCCAGCCUUCACCCAGAUGAAUAAUUUGGUGUUGAACAAUUCUGGCAGCACUUAGAUGUGUUAAGUAACAUAAAGUUCAAAAUGAAUGGUGAUCAGAGGAAGGUUGUGUGUAUACGCAGGUAGAUUUUUCACAUACCUCAGUCUUUUUUUUCUCCUCUCCAAACUCAAUGGGAUUCUGAAAAAGGAAACAGAAUCAAAAUGAAACAGAUGGUUGAGGAAGUAUCGUACUGAAAUGCCAAGCACUGUUCAUGCAUGUUAUUGGAAAACCCUGACUUCAGAUCCAGCACUAUUUUCCCAUGCUCUAGAACAUUGUAAUGAAGCUUAGCUGUAUACAAUAUCAAAUCUGAUUCACAGUAGUCCUGUGAUAAUGUUUAUAUGUACACUGAGUCACAACGGAAGAUCUAAUUCUUAUUGAGGUUGAGGAUUGUAGCCAGUAAGAGUUUGAAAGCCACUCCUUUAAGCCAUUUUGAAUUUUUUUUUUUUAUUCUUGCAGCCAAAAGCAGUCACUUUGCUAAGUACUUUACAUCUUCUCAUUUAAUCUUAAAAACUCUGUUGGCUAGGUUUUAUUACACCACAUUAAAGAGGAGAGAACUAAGCCUUAGAAGGACUAAGAUGCCCAAGCUAACACAGUAAGUGUCAAAUAUGAGGCAGGACUUGGAAUGUAGGUAAAUCUGGUUCUAAAGCCCCCACUCUCAAUCAUAUCAGACAGCCUCCCUACAUGAUACAAGAUAUACGUUAUUGCAGGCUUUUCUGGACCAUGCGCUAAACCAAAGACUUCCUACCUCACCUUAAGCCUCUCAACAACUCUGGGAAAUUGGUUUCAUUAUCUGCAUGUUACAGAUGAGGAAAUAGAUGUACACAGGUCUUAAGUAACUUCUCCAAGGUCAGUAGGUAACAGGGACUGAACACAAGUCAGGAGGACUCCAGAACAUUUCCACUGUACCUUAGAGAGCUGCCUCUCUUCAGGGCCUAUCCAGAUUUUGUGGGGCCUGAAAUUUCUACGAAUGAGGGUAGGGAACUCUAAGUUUGGGUGCAAAGUUACUUGUGGCAAAUAGAUACCGAGUCUUGCAAGGGGCCCUGACCGUUACUCCUGGUAACUCUGCCACCGGGUCACAGAUGUUGCAUCUGCUUUUCGAUUCAUGAUUCAUAUUAGAACUUGUAUAUUCAUCAGAAUCUUUUGUGAUGUGGCUUCCAAAUCUAGGAAGGGAAGUAAUUUUUCCAAGAUCAAAGAACGCGAGAUGGUAGUUUGAGAAGGGACAGUUUCAGCCUGAUUAUUUUAAGUGCCUUUAAAAAAAUAAUUAAAUUCCAAUGUAAACAAAAGAAAAACCAAUCACAUUCCUUAGUAAUAAAACAUAAAACCAAUGUACCUUCUGCUCAGGCUUUGUUGCCAACUGUCAGUGUGACCUCACCCAAGUUCUGUUUCACUCCACUAAGCCUCAGUGUACUCAUUUUUAGAUUGAGGGGGAUUAAUUAGUUGAUUAUUAACUUCCUUUCCAACAUGAACAUUCUAGAGGCCUAAUUGAGCAAAGGAAUGAAUAAACCGGUUGCUGCUUGCCUGUAGUGGUCCAUCCAUUCAGCUGUAACAGUCGAGCUGUUGGUGAAUUGAGUUUUAGAAAUUCUAAUCAAGUAAUUAGGAAAGACUUGGUGGUACAGGGAGAGUCAGGUUCAAACUACUUCAAGUUAAAAAGAUGGGUAUGUUAAUUAGCUUGACUAUUUCACAAUCUAUAUGUAUAUUGAAACAUCAGGUUGUACACCUUAAAUAUAUAUUGUUUUUAUUUCUCAAUUAUGCCUGUGGACACGGUCUUAAGAGAGGUAAAAUAUUUCUACUUUAUGGCUAUCCCCUAAGCACCUAGUACUUCACAGGGCCCGUUCCACCAAGCUAUUUCUUUCCUCAUAGAGCUCCUGUUACAAGAGGAAAGGCAGGAAGUGUGUUGAGGAAAGGAGAGGUGAGGAGAGAGACACCUGACCGACCAUCCUACCCACUCAUACUGCCUGCCACGUGUGGGUAAAAGCAGCCACAGCGUCCCUGUUGACUCCUAUGAGCUAAGUCAAAACCAAAAUCUUAGAAAUCGCAUAUCCCUAUUAUUUCUAGCAUUUUUGUUUUAUAGUUAAUAAUGAUUAAAAUUAUUAAAAAUAGUUAACAUUACUAAAAAUAGUGACCACAGAGUACCUAUCUUAUUCCAACUGCUUUUCAUAUGUAUUAUCUCUUAAUCUUAUUAUAACUAUGCAGGGGCGCCUGGGUGGCUCAGUCAGUUGAGCGUCCGACUUCGGCUCAGGUCACGAUCUCAUGGUUUGUGAGUUCAGGCCCCCCCGUGUCAGGCUCUGUGAUGACAGCUUGGAACCGGGAGACUACUUCUGAUUCUGUGUCUCCCUCUCUCUCUGUUCCUCCCCUGCUCACACUCUGUCUCUCAAAAAUAAAUAAAGAUUUUAAAAAAUUAAAAAAAAAUAA